AUGUUAACUGAUACAGGAAUGAUCUUGCCGAAUUUUACCGAAUUACGUAUUUAUCCAUCGUUUACGGAAAUUCGUCAACAAUACAAUGCACCCAAAAAUUUCAACAUGUAUUUCUCACGGGACGUAUUUGCAAAUAUUGUUCGAGGUUCAUUGUCGAUCGAAGGUAUUCCGAUUGAAUCGAAACAAGUCGUUCCCAAAGCAAGCAAUCUUGAAAAUCAAACGAUAUUUGUUCGACGCCACUCAAACGAAGAACCUCAAGAAUGUCGUGUUAUUCAAGCUGAUGAUCUUCUCUUACAAGAUAUCAAAACAAAACGAUAUUUUCGUGCUCAACGACACGAACUCGAAUAUGUUACUAUUCCGGAACAGGAAGGAACUGAAGUGACAUAUGUUUUAAAACAACAAGGCAAAGCAACAUUGAGCUAUCAAAUUCAUGGUAUCUCUUGGUUGCCACAGUACGAUUUGAAUAUUCUAUCUGAUGAUUGUCGACACACAUUUCAAGCUUUUGCCGAAAUUACGAAUGGAACAAAACAAGAAUACAGAAUCAAUCGAACAGAAUUGUUCGGUGGUGAUGUGUGCUUACAAAGAGAAGUCGGAGCUAAACGACGUCGUGAUCGAUCCAGGAGAUCCGAUGAUCAACGAGCCCAAAUUCAGGUGAUUGCGAAUGGUGUUCAAAUAGAAAAUAAAAAUAACUCAAACGAUCAUCAUGGUAUGUUGGCAGCGAACGGUGGCGAACAAACCUAUGAAUAUGAAAUUCAUCUCAGCUAUCCUAAAAAAAGCAAUUCGUAUAGGAAAAGACGACGAGAAGAAUAA